CUUUCAACAAUCAAACAAUCAAUCAAAAGCGUAGCAUAUAAAUACUAGUGGCAACAAUAAAAAACAACAACAACAACAAUCACAACUUUACCAAAGUAAAGUAAAUUAAAUUGCAUUUGUCCUAUCAACUUCCGCUCAACAACUUGAGUAAACUUACAACAGACUCACACACACAGAGACACCGAGGAGAAUACUUGAAAAUGUUAACAACCAACAGCAGCAGUAGCAACAGUAGUAGUAGUAGACAACACAAAAUGCAACGCUGCAGACUCAACACCACCAACACCCACACUGCCAGUAUCCUUUUGCUGGCAGCGACAAUGCUUUUGGUACAUGUCAUUGCACCGACCAACGCCUCCGUACAUCCGGUGCUCACAUAUACUAACGCCUCAACACAACUCGGCCAAUUGGUCACCUCCAGCACUCUGGUGUGGGAGACCUACGACCCCAAGGAUCCCAAGCAAUUACAAUAUGCGGUCGAGGGUGGUAAAUACAUCACGGAGGACGAGCACUAUCCGAUCUAUGUGUGUCGUGUGACCAUUGAGGGUAUCACCACCAGCGGUCAUACGGAGAAGAUAACACAGUCGCAUGUCUGUGUGGCAGCUCACUAUAAACAUGGCAAAUAUGAACAGUUCGAUGUGUUGGUCAAUAAGGGACAUCUGGGCAAGAUUAUGUGGAAACAUUGGCGUAAAUUCAAUGCAGGCGUACCCAUUGGCGCUAUACGCAUUGGUGAAGAUGAUUAUAUUGGACGUCAUAAGGCGCCACCUAGUGGUGAGAGCGGCACCGAACAUUGGGGGGCGGAUUAUAAUUUGGGUCGCUUAGAUCCAUUGGGUUUGGGUAAAAUCAAGGUGAUUGAGAAUGAACGCGACAAGGAUUAUGAUGAGGGUGAAGUGUUGGUGGAGACUGAACCGUUCCGUUACGAGCUGAAGGACAUCAAGUUGGAUAGCAUUCGUUUGGAUAUGCGCGAGAAUAUUACGGAUUUGGCCUCCAGCGUGCUCGCCAACCGCGGCGACAUGUACAUACUCGUCGAGUCCGUUAUGACCUAUGAAUUUGAUCACAUACAAUAUUGGGGUUCACAUGAGGGCGUUGCACGUGGUCUACCUACUAAAGUUUAUGAGAAAGAUGUGAAGACACCCAUCGAAGUCAAAUGGGGUUUGAAAUAUUCCGAAAAGAGAUCGGAAACUAAAUCAGUACAUACAAAACUCUGGCCUGGUACAGCUCUCAACGUCACACUCAAGGGUAACUACGUAAUACUGGAAGCGCCCUAUACCGCCAAACUUUAUGCCUUCUAUUAUGGAAUUGAUGACAGUGUGUCAAGGAAGAUCACAGCAGAGGUGCGCAAAAGCUACUUGAAGGACGUCAAACUCGAGUUCAGUCCCGUUUACUGGAUUGAAAACGGUACGAUGGUACCCACCACGACCACCACAUCAACCACAUCCACUUCCACUACAACAAAUCCAACAACCACCAGUCGCGAGCCGGUGCCUAUGCAUGAACCGCCCGUAGUUCAGGUCAAGAAUAUUGGCGAAACCCAUUCGGGUCCAGAUUCUUUAGAGAAAUCUCUACAUGAUUCACCAAUGAGCAAUGAAAUACCCAGCGAUGUGCCCGAAAAUUUGGCUGCAGAGCAACAGAAGCCUGCGUUAGCCGGUGUAGCGGUGACAGGUGACGCUCAGCGUUUGCAACAACAAUGGUACGCGCUCAUCACAGCGUUGUGUGUGGUGACGCUUUGCGGUAUGCGAGCACUGCACAACAUUUAGAUUGGCUCACAAUUGGCAAUAGAGGCUGGCUGGCAGUUAUCGGCUUGAAGGCAGCUGAUUUGGUAUAGCGUGAAGUUAUUGGAGUGUGACGUCGUUGUAGGCUUAAGUGAUUUAUUAUAUAUGUAUGUAGGCAUAGACGUGCGAUCGGCCUGCGUCGGUUGUUGACGUAGGCGUAGGCGUUAUUUCUUCCUUUCUUUUUACUUUUCUCGUUUCAUUUGCUUGUACCCCACUUUUAUUACGCUCUUCUAAGCUUGUCUUGAAAUUUAAAGUCCGUUUUUUUAUUCACAAUUUUCAUUUUCGUUUUGCUUUUGUUAGCUUUUCAUUUUUAUUUGGUGUGUAAAGAAAU